AGAAAGCUUUCACGGACUUGUAAUAUAGCCAGCCCAUGACUCUACAAGUCCAUGGAUCAUAGAUUCUCUCCCCAAUUGGUUGCUGCCAAAAGCAAGCCUCAUUGAAUGGGUGUUUUAUCUUCUUCUUCCCUACCCCUGUCACGGACUACUAGAAAACAACAUGUGUGCGUAAUUCAUAGUACACUCUUUUCCAUUUCUAUAAAAAUAUAACGACCCAAAUGCCCAAGCAACAUUACAGUCUUUCACGUUGUGUAAAAGUUACCCUCAUGGCAACUCCUCGAAACGGAGCACCGAAGGUCUCUGUUUUGCUCUGCUUGUCUAUAUUCUUUGUUUUCCUUUUGUUGAGCUCAGGCCGGGUGUUCGGCCAAUCAUCACCUGUUUUUGCCUGUGAUGUUGGGAGCAAUCCUGCGUUGGCGAGUCUCGGAUUCUGUAACUCGUCGUUGGGGAUUGAUUCGAGAGUGGCAGACUUGGUGAAAAGGCUCACAUUGCAGGAGAAGAUUGGGUUCUUGGUGAACAGUGCAGGGAGUGUGAGUAGGCUUGGGAUACCAAAGUAUGAAUGGUGGUCUGAGGCUCUACAUGGAGUCUCUAACGUGGGUCCCGGGACGCGGUUUUCCAACUUGGUGCCUGGAGCUACUAGCUUUCCCCAGGUUAUUCUCACUGCCGCUUCGUUCAAUGCCUCUCUGUUCGAAGCCAUUGGAAGGGUGGUUUCAACUGAAGCCAGAGCAAUGUACAAUGUGGGACUGGCAGGAUUGACAUAUUGGUCACCAAAUAUUAACAUAUUUCGAGACCCCAGAUGGGGAAGAGGCCAGGAGACUCCGGGAGAAGAUCCCUUGCUCUCGAGUAAAUAUGGAUCGAGUUAUGUAAGAGGUCUUCAACAAAGAGAUGAUGGUAACCCAAAUGGACUUAAGGUUGCUGCAUGUUGUAAACAUUAUACAGCUUAUGAUGUGGAUAACUGGAAAGGGACAGACCGAUACCAUUUCAAUGCCGUGGUAACAAAGCAAGAUAUGGAUGAUACGUAUCAACCACCAUUCAAGAGUUGUGUUAUUGAUGGCAAUGUUGCCAGUGUCAUGUGUUCUUACAACAAGGUUAAUGGUAAGCCGACCUGUGCAGACCCAGACCUGCUUGCAGGAGUCAUCCGAGGCGAAUGGAAACUAAAUGGAUACAUUGUUUCUGAUUGUGAUUCAGUAGAUGUAUUCUACAAUUCCCAACACUACACCAAGACACCAGAGGAAGCUGCAGCCAUUGCUAUUUCAGCAGGUUUGGAUCUAAACUGUGGAUCUUUCCUGAGCAAACACACAGAGGCUGCGGUGAAAGGAGGACUUCUUGCUGAGGCGGCUAUUGACAAGGCCAUCACUAACAAUUUUGGCACCCUAAUGAGACUUGGCUUCUUCGAUGGUGAUCCAAGAAAGCAACUUUAUGGAAAACUUGGUCCAAAAGAUGUGUGUACACAGGAGAACCAGGAACUGGCCCGUGAAGCCGCUAGGCAAGGUAUAGUGCUGCUUAAAAACAGUCCAGCAUAUUUGCCUCUGUCUCCUACUGCCAUCAAAUCCUUGGCAGUGAUUGGUCCUAACGCCAAUGUCACCAAAACCAUGAUUGGAAACUAUGAAGGCAUCCCAUGCAAAUACACAACUCCUUUGCAAGGUCUAACGGCCUCAGUUGCAACAACUUAUCAACCUGGCUGCUCCAAUGUGGCCUGCAGCACUGCACAGCUAGAUGCUGCUAAGAAAAUAGCAGCCUUGGCAGAUGCCACUGUACUUAUAAUGGGUGCAGAUCAGUCAAUUGAGGCAGAGAGCCGCGACAGGAUCGAUAUCACUCUUCCAGGACAGCAGGCACUUUUAGUAACAGAAGUUGCGAAGGCCUCAAAAGGACCAGUAAUUCUUGUUAUAAUGUCUGGAGGGGGUAUGGAUAUCUCAUUUGCAAAAAGUAAUGUUAAAAUUACAAGCAUCCUAUGGGUUGGUUACCCUGGAGAAGCUGGAGGAGCUGCCAUUGCUGAUGUUAUUUUUGGGUAUUUUAAUCCGAGUGGAAGACUGCCCAUGACAUGGUAUCCGCAAUCUUUUGCAGACAAGGUCCCCAUGACCAACAUGAACAUGAGACCUGAUCCAUCCAAUGGUUACCCCGGGCGGAGCUACAGAUUCUACACUGGGGAAACCGUUUAUACAUUUGGAGAUGGAGUAAGCUAUUCCAGCUUCAAGCACCACCUAGUUCAAGCACCUAAGACAUUUUUCAUUCCCUUGGAAGAGAGUCACAUUUGUCACUCAACAAGAUGUAAGUCAUUAGAUGUUGGAGACCAGCAUUGUCAAAACCUUGGUUUUGAUAUUCAUCUGAGAGUUAAAAACACAGGAGCGAUGAGUGGAAGCCAUACUGUUUUCUUGUUCUCUACGCCCCCAUCAAUGCACAGCUCACCUCAGAAGCACUUGCUGGGAUUUGAGAAGGUCUUCUUGACCGCACAAACAGAAGCACAGGUCAGGUUCAAGGUGGAUGUAUGUAAAGACCUGACUGUGGUUGAUGAGCUUGGAAACCGGAAAGUUGCCUUGGGACAGCACGUGCUUCAUGUUGGGAGCUUGAAAAGCUCAUUGAACGUGAGGAUUUGAAUUAAAUCAUCAACUACUCUGCAUUUUUCUACUUUUAGGUUUUGUUGGUGAUGAUGCUGAAGGCAUUACCAAAUACCAAAUGGAAUUUGAAUCUAGCUGAUUAAAAGCAUUUCAAAAUGGAAAAGUGAAAGCUAGAAAUAAGCUGAGGGAGUUGUAACAAUUCUCUCCACAAUUUACAAUAGCCAAAGCUUUUAAAAUUCAAAAUUUAA